AAAACAGCAAUUUAUUAAUUAAAGUAGCCAAAGAACCUGCUCCAGUUCCAGCCAUGGUGUUUUUAAACCUGCCACUUUUGGUACGAGCCCGAGGACCCGAUGAAUUCUGGCGCAAGCGUCGAAUCUUUAAACUGGCGGCGCACUACCGCAGCCGCACCAGGAAUGUUUACUCCUUCGCAAUCAGGAGUGUCCAUAGGGCUUUGGCCUAUGCAACCAAAGGACGCAAGCUGAAGAAACUGGACAUGGCCCAGCUGUGGACGACGCGUGUGGAGGCUGGUUGCCAGCAAUACGGCGUUGGCUUAGAGACCUUCAAAGAAGGCUUGGCUCGCUCCGACAUUCUGCUUAACAAAAAAAUGCUCUCCGAUCUGGCUAUUUGGGAACCGCGUUCCUUUGAGACUCUCGUCAAGAUCUCCCGGGAACGAGCUGCUGUGGAAGGAUUGCCGGAUUUAAAGCGCCCAUCCGCCUUUAACCAGGUCUAUGGCCUGAGCAACCUGAAGUUGGAUUAACUUAGCCUUAAGUAGGAGUUCAAAUAUAGUUGUUUUAUAAA